CCAUCGCCAGGGUGUCUGGGCGGCUGCACAGGGAGAUGCCGGGGGACCGCACGCUCCGGCUGCAGCACGGGAACCGCAUCGAGGCCCUGUGUGUGCUGGGCACCUGCAUCUCAGCUGAUGUCUAUGGGGCGGCCCCAGCCGGGGCAGUCUCCUUCAGUGUGAAGCACACGGAGGGGGUGAACGUGGAGGUGAGAUGCCAGAGCCCAGCGGAGGUCGGGCCAGCCCCUGGCAGUGGGACACGGUGGCCGCUGGACAAGGGGACGGUGCUGAGGUUCAGCAUGAGCAGGGCCAGCACUGAGGUCAAUGAUAACAAGGUAACUGUCAGCUUUUACGCAGAGGGAGGGCAGCCCAUCAACCAAGCUGGGGUCUUCCUCACUGGCAUUGGGAUUUCUCUGGAUGUUGAUGCGGAUCGGGAUGGCGUGGUGGAGAAGAACAGCCCCAACAAGGCAAGCUGGACCUGGGGUCCCGAGGGCCAUGGAGCCAUCCUACUCGUCAGCUGUGACAAGGAGAACCCCUUCACCGUGGCAUCAGACUGCGAUGAUGAAAGGGUGUUCAGCAGAGAAGAUUUGCUGGACAUGUCUCGGAUGGUGUUGAGGACUGAAGGGCCCCAGCGCCUGCCCCGAGGGUAUGAAAUCAUUCUCUAUAUUCCUGUCUCCGAAGCUGAUAAAGUUGGGGUCUUUUACGUGCAGAAUCCCUUCUUCGGGCAGCGGUACAUGCAGGUGCUGGGCCGCAGGAAGCUCUACCACACGGUGCAGUACACUGGUGGGGCUGCUGAGCUCGACUUCUUUGUCGAGGGGCUCCGCUUUCCUGAUGACACCUUUCCUGGGCUGGUCUCCAUCCAUGUCAGCCUCCUGGAGACGCUGUCUGAGGGUAUCCCUCAUGCACCAAUCUUCACUGACACAGUCAUGUUCAGGGUAGCACCGUGGAUCAUGACCCCCAACACUUUGGCACCGGUGAACGUCUUUGUCUGCAGCAUGAAGGACAACUACCUCUUCAUCAAGGAGAUAAAAAACCUGGUGAACAAGGCUGGCUGUGACCUGAAGGUUUGCUUUGGCUAUAUCAACCGUGGGGACCGCUGGAUGCAGGAUGAGAUUGAGUUUGGCUACACCCAUGCUCCCCACAAAAGCUUCCCAGUGGUGCUGGACUCCCCUCAAGAUGGAGGGCUGGAGCGAUUCCCUAUCAAGGAUCUACUGGGCCCUGACUUUGGCUACGUGAGCAGAGAGCCCCUCUUUGAAGCCAUCACCAGCCUCGACUCCUUUGGCAACCUGGAGGUCAGCCCCCCUGUGACUGUGGCAGGGAAGGAGUAUCCCCUGGGAAGGAUCCUCAUUGGCAGCAGCUUCCCCAUCUCCGCAGGGAGGAGAAUGACCAGGAUAGUGCGGGAUUUCCUCUGUGCCCAGCAAGUGCAGGCUCCCGUGGAACUCUACUCAGACUGGUUGGCUGUAGGCCACGUCGAUGAGUUCGUCACUUUUGUGCCCACCUCUGACAAAAAGCGGUUCCGGAUGCUGAUGGCCAGCCCUGCAGCAUGCUACAAGCUUUUUCGGGAGAAGCAGAAGGAAGGCCAGGGUGAAGCCACCAUGUUCAAAGGGUACUCAGGGACAGACACAAAACGAGUCACCAUUAACAAGGUCCUUUCCAACAACAUUCUGAUGCAGCAGAACCAGUAUGUUCAGCGCUGCAUCGACUGGAACAGGGAUGUCCUCAAGAAGGAGCUGGGGCUGCUGGAGGAGGACAUCAUCGACCUGCCGGCCCUCUUCAAGCUUGACAAGCAGGGCAAAGCCGUGCCCUACUUCCCCAACAUGGUCACCAUGAUCGUCCUGGCCAAGGACCUGGGCAUCCCCAAACCCUUCGGCCCCAUCAUGGGGGGUGAGUGCUGCCUGGAGCGACAAACCCGUUGCCUGCUGGAGCCGCUGGGGCUGCGCUGUCGCUUCCUCGAGGACGUGUGCUCCUACCAUGGCAGGCUCGGCGAGGUGCGCUGUGGUACCAACGUCCAGCGCCGGCCCUUUGCCUUCAAAUGGUGGCAUGUAACACCCUAGUUGCUCCUUCUUCCACCCCUAAUGGCUUUC